UGUGCAUGCGCAGGAUUUGGAAGGAUCGGGCGUUUGGUGGCAAGAGUAGCUCUGCAGAAUGAUGAUGUUGAGCUUGUCGCCGUCAAUGAUCCGUUAUUUACUGCCGAUUACAUGGCAUCUAUGUUGAAAUACGACAGUGUUCGUGGUCAAUGGAAAAAAGACGAGAUUAAGGUUAAGGAUUCCAAGACCCUGCUCUUCGGAAACAAGCCAGUGGCUGUCUUUCGCAUGAAGAACCCAGAGGAAGUCCCAUGGGGCGAGGCUGGAGCCGAAUACGUUAUCGAGUCCACAGGGGACAAGGCUGCAGCCUAUAUUAAGGGAGGUGCGAAGAAGGUUGUAAUUUCUGCACCGAGCAAUAACGCCCCGAUGUUUGUUGUUGGUGUCAACGAGAAGGAAUACAAGUCGGACCUUAAUAUUGUUUCUAAUGCUAGUUGCACUACCAACUGUUUAGCCCCAUUGGCUAAUUGUUCUCUAGCUACUAAGUUUUUCAUUGUUUAUGGCAUACACGAAUCUCAUGAUUUAUUACGUAACAGGUGCUUAUCGACAGGUUUGGAAUUGUGGAGGAGCUGUUGACAACUGUACAAUCUCUCACUGAUAAGUACUCGGUUUUUUUU